UUUCCUUUGCUUUGCUUUGCAUUACUAAUCAAGUGCCGCAAUUGCAUUCCCUUUUAUUUUUCUGACUUUUCAACUUUCUUACUUUGUAUUUGGAAUUGCACAACCCAAAGUCAAACAAAACACAAACUCACACACACAUACACUUACAUUCUCAGUUACAGUUAUACGCUGAAAUAUAAAAUAUAAUAUGUCAUUUUCGGGUGGCCUUCGGCUGACAGACCUCAACGAUUACAUUACGCCGGGCCAGGAGUGCAUCAAGCCCGUCGAGGUCAAGAAGACUGGCCAGUCAAACGGCUCACAGAUCAAAAUUGGGCAGUCUGGCGACUACUACGAGGUCAGUAAAGACGGCGAGGAGACUAAGCUCGAGGCAGCGCGCAUCACACUGAACGACUGCUUGGCAUGCAGCGGGUGCGUGACGUCAGCGGAAGCGGUGCUCAUCACGAUGCAGUCCCACCACGAGCUUAUCUCCGUGCUCGAGGAGAACCGCAAGCUGCGCAGUCAGGGCCAGGGCGACCAGGCUAAGCACGUGGUAGUCACCGUGGCGCCGCAGUCCCGCGCAUCGCUGGCACACAAGUACAAUAUUCCCACGCUCAGCGUGGCCAAGCGCAUGACGGCAGUGCUCAAAGCGAUGGGCGUCGACAAUGUGUUUGACUCGGCUUUCACUCGCGACCUGACACUGGUCGAAUCGGCACGCGAGUUCGUCGAUCGCUACAAGCGCUCCAAGGGAAAUAUCGGCGAUGGGCUCAGCUUGCCGGUGCUGGCGAGCUGGUGUCCUGGCUGGGUGUGCUACGCAGAAAAGACACACACGGAAGUCCUCCCCUGGAUGAGUACGACAAGGUCGGCGCAGCAGAUGAUGGGCACGGUAGUUAAGGACUACCUGGCCAAGAAGCUCAGCAUCACGCCGGACCGGAUCUACCAUGUGGCCAUAAUGAUGUGCUACGACAAGAAGCUGGAGGCCUCUAGAGAUGACUUUUACAACGACAUAUACAAAACACGCGAUAUCGACUGUGUAGUGACCACCGGCGAGUUUGACCGCAUGCUGAGCGAAUCCAGCACAUCGCUAUUGGACGCGCCCGAAUCAGCACUCGACCCGCUGUUCAAGGUGGAUGCUGCCAACGGCCAGCUAUACUCGAGUGCUGGCUCUUCAGCUGGCGGCGGUCUGGAGUAUGUCAUGUCAUAUGCUGCGCGCGCGCUCUUUGGCAUUGACGUGUCAGCGGACCACAUUGCUGCUGUCGGCCGCGACGAGGCCCAGCACCCGUUGAUCCGCGUCAAGGCCGUGCGCAAUCAGUCAGAUCACCGCGAGUUUGCGCUGCUCGAUCCAGAGACGCAGCAGCCACGGCUUCAGUUUGCCGCUGUCUACGGAUUCCGCCAUUUGCAGAACCUCGUUCGGAAGCUCAAAUCGGGCCGAUCAGUCUACCACUAUGUGGAAGUGGCGGCGUGCCCGAGCGCGUGCUCCAAUGGCGGUGGCCAAAUUCAGCCAAAUGACCCGAGCCCGGCAGCCAAAAAGCAGUGGGUUGCGGAGACCGAGCACAUUUACACAGCCACUAGCGCAUAUCAGCUGCCCGAACAUAACCCCGCACUCAAGGACCUGAUCUACGACUGGUUUGGUCCAGAGGGCCUCGAUUCCGAGCUGGCAAAGCAGGCACUGCAUACGCAGUUCCACGGCAUCGUUGCAAAGGUCAAUCCGCUGGGCGUGAGCUGGUGAUUAGGAGUAGAGAUGAUUCUUAAUUUUUUGUUCUUUUUUUUGUAAAUUCCAAUAAGUAACUGUUCAGCCUAACA